AUGGCCCGAGGAAAAGCGCGCGGACCAAGGAGGGGCGGAGGACAUGCUUUUAGUAGGGAACUUGUACUCGGCGAAGAUGGAGUCGCAGUCUCAAAAGACAAACGGUUCUCUAAACGACGAGGUGCAGACGGCAGUGAGGGGGAAAAGGUGGAAGAGGAGGAUGAAUCUACUGAGGAGACCAGUGACGACGACGAUGGUGUCCUCAAUCCAUCCACUUCCACUCCUGCGGCCUCCAAGGAUUCAACAUUGUCGCGCUCAGAAAAAAAGGCAACUAAACAUGCGAUCAAGAAAAAGACACAAGGUUUAGAUGAAGAGGAUGAGGACGAGGACGACGCAGACUUGAUCAAUCCAAACCGGCAACCCCAGAAGAACCUGAGAGCGUCUGAUUUGUCCGCCCCGGAGAAAGAACCUUCUAGAAGGGAAAGAGAAGCGAAAGAGAAGAAAGAGGCCACAGAAAAAUACAGGAAGCUUCAGGCUGCAGGGAAGACUUUUGAAGCAAAGGCCGAUUUGGCCAGGCUUGCUACAAUUCGUAAAGAGCGGGAAGCGGCGGCGGCGAAGAGGAAAGCGGAGCAAGAUGCCAAGCAAGCGGAGCUGGAGGCCAAGCAGCUAGCAUCCAAGCAGAAACGUUAGAGUCCCCCAGUCGCGUCUUUCCGCCUCAAUGUAUAAUUAGGUGAUUUCACGAUGUAUUUACUCAAGAACCUAUACCCCAAUACGUCUCGGAAGAUUAGAGAGUCGAUGGAGGAACUUUUGUGGGAAAGUGGAUGCGAACAAUCACAAACAGCUGCUAAUUCGUUCCUUUAUUGUCCGCGUCAUCUGAACUC